AUGUUGCAGACCCCAAACCGAACAACAACCUUUCCUCAUCAACAACAACAACUCAACAUAUUCACACAACACCUACAACCCGGCCCAUACGACCGCAUGCGACACACAGCGACACCACUCCACGCCGACGUGAACAAUAGCGCACACGACAUCGACCUCGACUCGGAACUCAACUACCAGAGCUUGUCGUCAUCGCCAGUCUCGACACAGUCGCUGCUCUCGCAGUACUCGGGUGUGGGUUCUUCGCCUUUGUCAACCUUUGACAGCAUUCCGACACCGACGCUGGGAGGACUGAGAGGAGAUCUCGAGGGCUCUUUGUUCGAAUACUCGCCACAAAGCAACCAGGCCACCCUCGCAGAGUCAUCUGCCUCGCUUUUCCCAAACCUCGGCCUGAUGCAAACGGAUACGUGGAUGCCAAACGGCCUCACCCCAAGGUCGGUCGGUCGACUCUCACAUCACAGAGAGUCUUCGCUGUCUUCUCUGGGUUCGAAUGGUCCAGCUUCUCCAUAUUCGCACAACACCACCAAUCCUCAGAUCGCGGUAACGGAUUCUCUGGGUGAAUACCACGGCUUGCCAUCACAGGAAGACUUCAACUACCAGCUUGCACCAACAAAGCCGUUUCCCGGUGUGACACACGACAACUUCUACGCCAACCUCGGGACAUAUGCCUCGGCCGGUCCAACAGCUAUCAACUACCCACAGGUAGCUACGGCUCCGAAGCGGAGGGACGACCGAGGGUUGCUUCAGCCUUCCGAGAACCCGAUUGGGUCUAACCGGUCACAGCCCGUAUCGGUGGCGAGCUCUAUUAAUUCUGACUCACCCGCCACCCCAGCAGGUGACCUCGAGGAAGACAGGAGGAACAAGAAUGCAGUCAUGCACACCGUUCCCAAACUCGACCGCACUCUGACGGAUGUUUAUGCCGAUGAGCUCUACAACCCAGACUUCACCCUCACAAACACAUCGGCAUCUCAGCUCCCAGUAUCACCAACAAACGACUUGUUUGUACAGCGGAUCCAGGCUGCCAACAACCAGCACUUGACAGCAACAGUCAACUCACCGGCCUCAACGACACCACGGGAUCGAUCACCAUUCCGCCACGGCUCACCGCACGCGCCCUUGCCAGUGCAUGAUUUCUCAUCCAUGGGAGCUUCGCAAGCUCGCUUCGGGUCGGCUCAGCAGAUGCGUGAGCAGAGCAAGGCGCUUCAGGACGCCCGUGUUAUGCAGCAACAACUGUCUCGCGCUGCGAGUGCCACCACACCACCAACUACCAUCUCACCCAAGGACGCCAUGCUUGAGUUCCACGAGUCGGAUGGGGACAACAACUUCCCACUGUUCCCACCACAGUCGAGCACCUUCAACGUGGAUGCCAUCACCAAGGCCACCAGUGCCCCCAGCCAGCCGGCGUUCAACGGGCUUUCUUUGGAUACCACGGCCAUGUUCAACAACUACCUAGCCUCUGGCCUUCCCAACAACAUUCAGGUGCCGCAGCAAUACCCAUUCAUCGCACGCCCACAGCCACGACAAGAGAGCGCUGUGCCAUCGCUAAGCAAUGCCUCGCUCAACACAUCAAGAGUCAGCUCUGUCGAUACCGGUCUGGACUCUGUCAACAGCCCACCAAAGCGACCUGCGGAUGUCUCUGCCGACGGAGGCACGUACACCUGCACAUACCAUGGCUGCACUAUGCGCUUCGAAACCCCAGCGCUUCUGCAAAAGCACAAGAGGGAGGGACAUCGCCAGGCACAUGGCCUCAACGGUAGCAGGCAGCCAGGUGGCAUGACGUCCAGUCUCAUGUCGCAGGCUGGGCCUCACCGCUGCGAUCGUAUCAACCCCAGCACUGGAAAGCCCUGCAACACUGUCUUCUCGAGACCCUACGACCUUACCAGGCACGAAGACACGAUUCACAACGCACGCAAGCAAAAGGUUCGCUGCAACCUGUGCACUGAUGAGAAGACGUUUAGCCGCGCUGAUGCCCUUACUCGACAUUACCGCGUGUGCCACCCCGAUGUUGAGUUUCCCGGCAAGCAACGUCGUCGGGCUCACGCCAGCGGGUGA